GCUCUCCGUGAUGCACAGCGCGGCUGCGGAGACUUUGGGCAGCAAAACGCCGUCCGCGCGUGCGCCUCUCCGGCGCCUACGAGCCGUUCGUAGCUCACGGUCGAGCUGUUCGUCGCUCACGGUCGCAAAACUAAAAAGGGCUGUGUGAGGAUAGCUGCCCAGCUCACAAGGGCAUCAGCCAUGACCGAGGCCCUGCAGGCAGCCAGACCCCACCACCACGAAACCCUCGUGAACCAAUUCCACGACGAGUUCGUCACGCCAUCAGAGUUGAGAGAUAGGGUAGAGGGCUGCCUGAAAGAGCGACCGUCGAAAACGAAGGGCAAAAUACCAAAAGAGGGCGAAGGCACCGUCACGGCCGCCCACUUAUUACCAGUAAAACACCCGCAGUACCCGGCCCACGCUUUGCUCAAAGUGGACGACGUUCGGAUCCUCGCGACGCCCGCGCAACUCCUCAAGCUGGCGGACGACGACCCGCGCUUCGGCCGGCUCCGGGAACGGGGCCUCUACGCCGAGUGGGAUCCAUCAAAUUUUACUGAGAGAAGACUCCGCUACAGCUAUAUCAUAAAAGUGCCCGUCGAACUUAAUGGAGGCACUUUCUUCGUACGCUCGGCGACGAAGCUGUACGCUCCUCGGGCGCCAGUUGCUACAGUACGACGGCGGUCGCGCUCUCCUAAAAAAAGGCGGCCGCGCACGGCGAAGGAACGGCAGAACGGUUGUGUGGACCGCAGCGUCGGCUUCCUGGACGCGAUGCGCGAUGCGUCGUUUAAUGCAAGGCGGCGGCGCCAGCGCAGCGUCCGGCGCCUGGUGAACAGCGACGACUACGACUUCGCGGCCCAGUGGCGCGUGGCGUCGGAGUUCGUGGAGGCGUCCGGCGCGAGGGUGCCUCACGAGGCGCUCGAUUGGGAGGCCAUGGAUGCCACCGACCUUUUAUAACUUGUUGAGUCUUCUUUUGCGCGUCGACGGCGUAUUGGGGGUCCGCAUCGAUGGCGUG